AUGACUUCCGCGUACCGCAUUCGUGACGCCGCCCCUGCUGACGCUGGGAUUAUGGUUCGGAUGCUCAUGUCUCUGGCUUCCGAGACGGAAAACGUGGAGCUUGACGAGGGCGAAGUUCGCCGGGGCGUCACAACUCUGUUCGAGCAAGGGAGCCUCGGUCGACUUUAUGUUGCCGAAGAGGUCCCGAAAGGUGACACGAACAUCAAAGGGCCAUCCGAUGGCAACCGGUCCUCUCCACAAAUUGUUGGAGUGAUGACCGUAACUUAUGAAUGGUCCGAUUGGCGCGGCAAACUGUUCCUUUGGAUUCAAUCCGUCUACAUUAUUCCUUCGAAGCGCAAACAGGGUAUUUUUCAAAAGUUUUAUGAUCAUUUAAUACGCAUCAUGGCUGAGGACCCCAAAUACUGCGGAUUGCGUUUGGCCGUAAAUAGUAAGAACGAAAAAGCAAUCAGGGCGUACAAGCAAGUGGGAAUGAAGAGGGAGAAAUACCAGUUGAUGGGUCGCAUGAAAAGCAAAUAUUGA